AUGAAGUUGAGCACAUUCUUUCAAACCUUUGUUGGAGCCCUUGCUCUCCUCCCUUCAAGCCAUGCUCGAAGCUUCAAUCUCGAUACCCGAGACUUAACUGGCUCAAGUUGUCUGGCUUUUGGUGUGGGAAAUUGUCCAGGUCCUGGUUGUACAACUCUAGGCCAGGUCUGCAUCAACAUCUCAGGGGGCAAUGUAGUAGUCACCUAUCCAACACUUACUGGAGGCAACACAUAUACUGGCAUCCACGUUUACGUUGGCCUGACAGCUCCGACCAACCGUGCACCUGGUUUGUUUCCAUACAAUAACGUGAAUACACCUCAGGAUUGUUCCAUUGAUAUCGAAGGAACAACGGCCCAAUGCACAAUACCUCAAUCGAACUUCGCUUCACUGGGAUGCAACACACAGCUAUUCAUUGCUGCACAGGGUGAUGUUUCAUUUAGAGGAUCGAAUACUGGAACUGGUUGGGGUCUCGGAGGUUGUUUUGGAUGUUCUGGUAAUGGUUGCAAUGGCAACUGCGCGAAAUAUUGGUCGUUUUCAACCUCAUGUCAAUGUCCAACAGUAACAAGUUACAAUCCGAUCACCUGCAUUAGCACUAUAACUACAACGACUCAGGUUGUUAUCACACCCGCUCCUGUGACCGCAACGAAUACCUGCAAUAAUCCUAAUCCUACAACAUCUACAACCACUGCCGACUCUACUUCCACAUGUCCUGCCUGCGCCGCGCCUUAUUUCUGUGGUUGUUCGAGCUGA